GAGCAUACUGUAACAGAAUCACAUUCAGCAUUUGGUAUUAAUACAAAGAAAUAGUACAAAAAGGUCCAUUGACUCAUGGAGUGACUCAGAAGGCGAUAGAGGAGGGCUCUUUGGCUAUGCAGAAAUGUCAGUGGCUCAACAUGAAAGCAGAAAGCUCUUAAACAUGCUGUAAGGGACAGUUAGUUUCUUCAUCUGGUUUUAAAAAGUAAGCAAAGCGUGCCUAGCAAGGUGCGGUGAGGAAGCGUGGUGUCACAUGCUGCUCUACAGGAAACAAGAUUGAAGCUGUUGGGGAAGUUCAGAACUGGGUGACCUCCAACGGAUUCAAAUAGCACAGGAAUGUGCAACCUGGGGGAUGUUACUGUGGUCUAAUUAACUUCAGCAAGCGUAUUCUGGACUGAAUUUGCCAGGCCUCCUGUGCAAGCAUCUCUCCUGCUGGUGACGAGGUUUCUCAGCAAGACCUGAAGGAGCUCAGCCUUCCACCAUGCCUGUGCCUCCCCCUCCAGCUCCCCCUCCGCCCCCAACACUGGCCUUGGCAAAUACUGAAAAGCCGACCCUAAGCAGGUCAGAACAAGCAGGGCGAAAUGCUCUAUUAUCUGAUAUUACCAAAGGAAAAAAGCUAAAGAAAACGGUUACUAAUGACAGAAGUGCUCCGAUUCUAGACAAACCCAAAGGACCUGGUGGAGGUGGCGGCGGAGGCUUUGGAGGAGGUGGCGGUGGCAGCGGUGGGGGUUUUGGUGGUGGCGGUGGUGGUGGACCACCUGGCCUUGGAGGCCUGUUUCAAGCAGGAAUGCCAAAGCUCAGAUCUGCUGCGAGUCGAGAUGCUGAGGCCGGGGGAGGCCGCCCGCCCGCCCUGCCGCCCGGAGGCCGCUCCGCCGCCGCCAAGCCCUUCGCCCCGCCGAGCGGCCCGCCGCGCUUCCCGGGGCCGCCGUCGGGGCCGCGGACCGCCGCUCCCGAGCCGCAGAGGAGCCGCAUGCCGCCGCCGCCGAGGCCCGACGCCGUCUCCAAGCCCGAGGCCGCGCCGCCCCCGGUGCCCAGCACCCCGCGGCCCGUCGCCUCCAGCCUGCACAACAGGGGGUCGCAGCCGCCGCCGGCCGUGAGCCGCCAGCCCAGCCUGGGGCCGUCACCCCCGCCGUUCCCGGGCAGUCGGGGCGCGGGGUCGGCCGGGUCCCUCCGGCAGCCGGGCCCCAGCCCGCCGCCCCCCUUCUCCGGCCGGCCGCCGCUGCCGCCCACCCCGGGCCGCCCGGCGGAGGACAAGCCGCCGCCGCCGCCGCCGCCCCCCGCCGGGCACCGGCCGCCCGCCGCCCGGGAGGCGGCCCUGCCCCCGCCGCCGCCGCAGAACAGCAAGCCGCCCGUGCCCUCCGCCCCCCGGCCCGCCCUCGGCGCCCCGGCGCCCCCGCCGCCGCCCCCCAGCAGGCCGGGGCCGCCCCCCGUCCCGCCCGGCCCCGGCGGCAGCGACGAGAUGCCGCGGCUGCCCCAGAGGAACAUCUCGCUGGGGUCCUCCUCGGCGCCCGGCGUCGGGGGCGGCCGCUCCGGACCCCUGCCUCCCCCGCCCACCGAGAGGCCCCCGCCGCCCGUCAGAGAGCCCCCCAGCCGGUCAGGCCCCCUCCCACCACCUCCUCCCAUAAGCAGGAAUGGAAGCACUUCAAGGGCUUUGCCCGCAGCUCCCCAGCUGCCCUCCCGGGCAGGGCUGGACAACCAGAGAGGUGGACCACGACCGCCGCUUCCCCCCGACCGGCCAGGCUCAGUAGCGCCGCCACCACCACCACCACCUUCAUCAGCUGUCAGAAAUGGCUUCCAGGAUCCAGGUGAUGAUGAAUGGGAAAGCAGAUUUUCUUUUCAUCCUAUAUCUGAUUUGCCACCUCCGGAGCCAUAUGUACCCGUGAACAGGAGUUAUCCCAGUAAACUAGCAAGAAAUGAAAGUAGAGGUGGCUCUGGCCGAAAAGAAAGAGGUGCCCCUCCGCUUCCGCCUAUACCGAGGUGAAAUGGGUUCCGGCCCAUCUUUGGGCAAUGUCUGUUUUCAAGUUUCCUUCGAGUCAGCUCUCCUGUCUACAUCAUUGGAAAGCUGUCUGUUUUGCUUUAUUUCCACUUUUGGCUUGUCAGCUGGAACAAACUUCAGUCUAUUACGGAAGUAAUAGAUGCAGCUUAUGAACUAUAGUUGCUCAAAGCUAUAAAUUUCAUUUGCUUAUACUGCAGCCUGUCAUGAAAGGCAUUCUGUGGACCAUACACAAAAUAUGUGCAUCAUGCUUACUGUGUCCAGCACUGUCCCCUCUGAGAGCUCCACAGGAGGUCUGGCUUUGAAUUUAAUGAGAGCUGGAACAAAGCCGUUUCAUUCACUUUGGGUACAGUGGCCGUAUUAUUUGAAUGAUGAAGUACAAUCUAUUUUCUGUUUUAAAAAAACAGUUGCUGGGGAAAAUCAUGUAGCCAAGAACCCCCUGGAUCCUUCUUUGCAUGUCUAACUUGGCCCAUCUCCUUCUGCAAGCCAUAGAUCUACUACAUGGUGACCAAGAGUUCAUCCUAUACCUUUUCACUUCAGCUUAGACAAGCAAAUCUUAUUUUAAACAAUAGACAGCACGUCCUGCCCCAAGGAUGGAGUGUGUCUGGCCUUGUUUUUGUCUGCAGAGAAUCUUCCAAAGAAAAGCACAAGUGAGGAAUUCAGCAUAAAAAUAUCUCUUUUUUUAAAUCCCUCCUUCCUUGUUUUUUAAUAGUGUUACGCUUUUAGUCAGCUAAUUGUUUCCUACUCUGAUGUGGACCAACCCACAGUCAUCCGUGCCCUGGAUUAUUGUAAUGCCCUCUACCUGAGACUACAUGCGAAGAGACCUCAGAAAGCAGCCUUGAUGCAAAUGCAGCAAUUAUUAUAGUUGCAGGCUCCUUCUGUAAAGCAUCACUAAUAGCAGUGCCCCACAGAAUGCUUUCCAGUUGUUUCGCUGGUACAAUUAAAUAAUGAGUUUUGACUUAAAAAGCUUCCUGAGGCUUACGUCACAAGUCUCAGAGAGAUUGUGUUUGACUUGUGUUACACUAGAGCAGCUGAGGUCAAAAACAUGCGUAAGUGAAAGCUCUUUGAUGUAGUGAAGGACGUCUGAGGUUUGUGUGUUCGAGUGGGAGCAUCAGCUCCAGAAUUUGCUGUCUGCACUGGUUCAAGAGAAAUGAGAAGAUUUGGCCUUCAGAGUUUACCGUCCUUUCAAACUUUGCUAAAAGGAGUCUCCACAGAGAGCUGCAAGGCUUACGUUAAUAGAAGACAAAGUAUUCUAACAUUGUGACAGUUGGUUAAUAUCUUUAAUGACUUCUGAAUUUUGUAUGUGAGAAAAGAGUUCAUUGUAUGAGUGCAUUUUACAUUACUCCUUGGGAUCCCUACCAAGCCUGUAUCAGCAGCCGUGCUUCACAGGGUGUUGCUCAAAAAAAUAACCCCAAAAACCCCCAAAAAACAGUCAUGUACAUUAAGAAAAUGUUGUUCUAGCAUGGGAGACAUGAUCCUAAGUAAGCUCUGUGGCUAGAAUGAGGUCAGUCCUUGAAAAUCUAGGGCCUUUAGCCGAAGAGAGUCUGGACCCCACUGAAGUGUUUGUAUGUAGGACUUUUUGCUCGGACAGUGGGUGUGAACGGGCAGAUCCCCUUUCUGCCCAACAGCCUGGACAGUCCCAGUGAAGGGGAUAAGACAGAGCUGGGUUUGGCCAGAUCAAAUUUUAUUUGGCCUUUUCAGUUUUUGUUUACAAAAUCUUGUUAGCUGUGAUAGCAUUUGACUAUGUACCUGGUUUUUACAUUUUUAUAUCUAAGUACCUAUUUUAAGUGACUAUUUAUGGUCUUGAACCUGCAAUUAAUGCGCAGGCGCAGAGAUGUAUCUACAUCUAAUUGCAGGAUCGUGGCUGUAAGAGUUUCUUAAACAGAUAUUAGCAGGACCUCCACGUGACAGGUGCACCUUGGGAUCAAAAAUAGCGCAAUACUGAAUUAGUAUAUAUAUUUUAUGGAUGCCACUUAAACAAAGUGCCUGUCUCUUUGGGAUAUUAUUAUGUGAAUAGAAGUCCAAAUAAAAUUUUUAGGAUAAUAACUUAAAGGAUAAAUUAUUGUAUCCAUGUUUAUAAACUGAAGCACUUAUAACUUUCUAAGAAACAACAUAUGAAUUUAAGAAUACAAUAUUUUCAGUACCUUGAAUAGCUAAAUCCUUAUUAAUAUCCAAACAGCUAUGCAGCCAAAAAAAAAAAAAACCAAAACCAAAAACAACCCUCCAGAAACUAUACCUUUUUUGUAACUUACCUGCUUCCAGCAUGACUGUUUUACUUAAUGAAAAUGCUGCACGUUGUUCUGCCAAUUCUCUGCAUCAUUCAAAAUAUCCUAUAUUUGAUCUUUUGAGCAAGGUUUUCUUCUCAGAAAUUCUGGACCACUACCAGGCGAACUAGCUUUGUCUCGUUUUAAAACAUGCUGUGUAAAAGGCCCUCAGCAAACAAGCUGCUUCAGUUUUAGCACUUCUUUGUACUAUAGAGACCUCUUCAGAAUGGAUGUUUGGCAUAUAUGUAAAAUAGCUUAAUAAUGCAGAAAGAGGUAUUUUUUUCACCUAACAACAACUUUACUAUUUAUAUCUUUUGCUAUAAAAGUCCCUAGAUAUAUUCCAGAACAAUGCAGCAUUUUAUCAUUCAAUAUAUUGUUUCAUAUAGCAGUAGCUAAUUAGCGUAUGAUCAGUAUUAAAGUAUUUAUUUCACUAUGAAGAGUUAAAAAAGAAGAAUGCAAAACAUAUUGAAUCAGUGGUGCCUUAUGACUUUUUUAGUCAACUUUUCUGUGUCUCAGUAGAAACGUUAAUAGGUGUUGCUCGAAGUCCUAAUGUACAAUGCCAACAGUAGCAUUAUGUGUGCAGUGUUCGAGCCAAGUCCUGCUGUUGUAAUGUGCUCAGUCUGCUAACUUCAGAUUGAGCUCAGUGUAUGGGGAGACUAUUGGAACAGUCUUUAGGUGAGAUGUAGGUGGUUAACCUCACGCUCAGUUGUUGGUAUUGCUCUGGAGAUUUAACCCUUUCCCAAAACCAGUGUCUCACUCUGCUGUCCAUACAGCCCAGCUGACUUCAGCAUGGCUGCAUAGGUUAUUAGAGGACUAAAUCUGAUUCAUUGCUUGCCUAUUAAGAUUUAGUGGGUUUGUUUCUAUGGCAUUGUAUUACAAAUCUUCACACCUCAAACCAUCUUUUUAUGUCAUCACUAAGACUCUCAUUGUGAGACAACAGCCACAGAUGUUCAUUUUUGUUUAAUUCAAGUCAGUAAAUAGGAAUAACUGUACUAUGGGCAAUAAUUUCUGGUCAAUGUUUUUGGAAGAAAAGCACAUUAUGUCUGUUAUGACCUUCUGCAUCAGCCUUUGGGAGAAGAGGUCAGUGAUUAACAUUCAGAAUUGGAAACGCAGCUUGUGAUUCAGGGACCAUGUAUUUCUGUAAAUGAACUACAUCUUAAAUAAGGUUGCAAAGUUCUUGUGUAGAAGCCAGCACUUCCCAACACUAAAAGAAUCAUAAGAACAAUUUUUUUUUUUCUGCAGUACUGAACUAUUAAAGAAGUUCCUUGAAUUGUCAUGUAAAAAACUGGACGGUAGUUUCUCCUUGCAGCAACAACUGCUUACAUGUCACUUGUAGAAGUAGGUCUCUGUUGGAGCAGAGGAUGAGAGAACUAAACUGCUGUCUUGCUCAUACAUUUUAACACAACAAUUUUCUGUGCAAAAGUAUGCAAAUAGAAAGGGUACUUUUCGCCUUGGAAGCAAAGAAUGGAGUUGAAUGAUCAAACUGGGAUUAUUUCAAGCAGAAUGUCAAAUGUCAAGAGACCUAGAGAGGGCCUCUCAGCCACAGGACGCUGGAAAGGAGAAGAGCGCUCAAGGAAGUACAAACCAAUUGGCUGAAUGUUGCUAUCAGUACUACAGUAUAAAUCACGAUAUAAAAUAUGUGUGUAUGUAACACCACAUUGCAGUGGUGCAAACACUGUUGCCUCACAGUCAGGUGCGAACAACCUCUUAUGGCGGUACGUUGACUCUGUAUAACAUAUAUUGUAGGAAUUUUACUCUUUCAAAUGGUAUUCACCAGAAAAUAAGGAGAAUCUCUUACCUAAGAUAUCUGGUAACACAUUAAGUGUAGCUAGUUCAUGGAGUGGUUCUUCAUGUACAUUAGGAGAAAACGAGGAUCUUUGAGCCUGUAGGGUGGAAGUGUCUGGACCAUUCAGUUAAAAUGUAAACCUGGACCAUUGGCAAACAGAGGAGUGUUGGAGUUACUCAGCAGAAGCAGGGCACACAUAUAUGUUCUCAGUGAGUGAGUAUGCGGCAGGUAGGUAGGCAGACUGAAAGAAAAAAAUGAAAACCACAUGUCUUAAAAAAAGGAGUAACCCUUCAGUACAUUGCCAUUUUGAAAUACACAGUUUGUCUGUGAUAAAUGUUCUUUAGAGUAAACUAAUGCAUGCAAAGGAAGACCUCUAAAUUUGACUUCCAAAGACACACAAGACUGUAAAAGAGAGAGAAACAUAACUUAAAACAUAGGCUGAGCGGAAAGUAACAUAUUUUUAUCAGAUGCUUAAAGUUUGAGCUUUUUAUAAAAUAUUAAUCUAGUUCUGUGAAUUUUUUUUGCUUAACAUUUUGUAUGUGAUUUUGUUCUCCUUAUUUUUCUGUCCUAUGCCAAAUAAAUUUUACUUUUAUUUAA